AUGCUUAAAUUCUUAACUUUUUUUGCUUUUGUUCAAAUCGUGCUAUCUACUGCUCCUGGGACCAAUGGAGACAUUUCGAAUCCCGUUAUUAAAAAGGAUUUAGAAAAUGAAGCAAAAAUUUAUCUCUCUCGUUUUGGUUAUUUAGCUCCUAAGAAAGAUGAGAAAGGAGAGUAUGCUGAACCAUCAACUGAAGAUAUGGAGGAAGGCUUAAAAAAGUUUCAAAAAUCUUUUCUGUUCUAUUCGUCAGGAAUGAUUGAUGUACCAACUCAAGCGAAGUUCUCCGAGUAUCGAUGUGCAAAUCGAGAUAUGUUCAAGGGCAAUCGGUUGAAAAAUCUUCCAAAAUCGGAGCUAUGGAACAAGAAAGUUCUUCUCUGGAAUAUAACUUCAUAUCCAUCAGCAUUAAGUCAAGCAGACACAAGAGAAGCUUGUGAAGAAGCUUUUGAAAAAUGGCAUAAAGUUACAGGCAUCAAGUUCAUUCAAGUUGUUGACUCCAAAAGUGCUGACAUUGUCAUAAGUUUCCAAGAAAUACCUGAUUCAUUCAUGAAUGUAGCAGCAGCUGCUUCAAAACCUAAAGAUGGAUUGAUCAUGUUUGAUAAGAACCGACUUUGGGGAUAUAGAAAACAUAUUCCGACAGGAAUUUCAUUGUUCCACUCACUUCUGCAUGAGAUUGGACAUUCAUUAGGACUUCAUCAUUCAUUCUACAGAGGAUCGAUCAUGUUUCCUAUUUUCAAACCAGCUCUUGUUCCUUUUGGAACUCUUGAUGACGUUCCCACCAUAGAUCGUAUCAAGUAUCGUCAUCUAUAUGGAGUAUCUCAGGAUAUCGACAACGAAAUAUCUCCUGUUGAUACCAAAACGACAAAAUGCAUUUCUUUAGCUGAUUCAGUUUCAGCUGUUUCACCAUCUGAAUGGUUACUCUUCAGAGGCAGUAAGGUUUAUAACAUCAAUGAGAAGAAAUUAGAUGUGAAAGGACGAAAUAUUCAAGAUGUAUUCCCAAAGGGACCCGAGUUUGUGAACGCCACGGUUUCUACCAACGGGCUUUUCUUCAUUUUCACAGAGCGCACCAUCUAUGGAUAUGAGUUUGACGGUGUUACAUUUACAGAGGCAAGAGAUUUCCCAAGAGAGCUACAUGAACGCGUUCUCUUCUAUCCUCAGGGAGCUUUCCCAAUGAACAAUGGUAGCGUAAUACUUAUGUCUGGAAAUGUGUUUGCAACAUAUGAUGUUAUGGAGAAUGCUCCAUCAUUCUUGAAUGAUAAAAACCGCUUUUUCCCUCAUCUACCGGAAGACUUGAGAUCUGGAAUUCCAAAAGACAGUAGCUUUGCUUCCUACUGGAUGUUUGAUGAAUCCACUGUCACUCACUAUGAUAUGAUUGAAAAACAAUCGACACAGGUUGAAUCUCUUCCUGAAUUUUUCAAAUGUUCUGAAUAA